GAGAAAAACCCUAGAGCUAGAGGGCCAUUUCCCCCAAACUCAUAUAGGAGUAUACUAUGAAUUCCGCUUAAAACCCUAAUUCUCCGAUCGGCCUCUCACUUCUGCGCACACACACAGAGAAGCUCCAACAAUGGUGAAGUUUCUCAAGGCAAACAAGGCGGUGGUCCUCCUCCAAGGGCGUUACGCCGGCCAGAAAGCAACCAUCGUGAAGAACUUCGACGACGGAACGCGCGACCGCCCCUACGGUCACUGCCUCGUCGCCGGCAUCGCCAAGUACCCGAGCAAAGUCAUCCGCAAGGACUCAGCGAAGAAGCAGGCGAAGAAGUCGCGCGUGAAGGCCUUCGUGAAGCUGGUCAACUACAAUCACAUUAUGCCCACGCGAUACACGCUCGACGUGGAUCUCAAGGACGUCGUCUCCGUUGACGCGCUCGUCUCGCGUGACAAGAAGGUCUCCGCCUGCAAGGAGGUGAAGAGCAGGUUCGAGGAGAGGUUUAAGACCGGGAAGAACCGUUGGUUUUUCUCUAAGCUCAGAUAAUUCUCACUUUGACCGGGCACGAGUUAUAAAAAAUGUAAUGAAAUGUGUAUCACUAUCGGCACUAAGUAAAAGUAUUGUAUUAGUUGACCCCGACACACCGGAAGCCAAAAAGCUGAGAUCUUGGUAAGGAAGAGUAAUUCUAUCAAUCUGCAAACUCUCUCUUUAGGUCUUGUUUAUGAAUCCAACUAUCUGGUUAGAAAUUAUUGUAAUAUAAUGCUAAUAUGGUUUUGAGCUGCAAGUUCUGUUUGGGAAGGAUCUUCACAUUUUGUAGAAGUUUAAUUUAGCUUAAACAGCUUGAUCAUUUUAUAUCAGUUCAUCUUUGAGCUGUUCAUGCCAAA